UAAUCUUUCAACAAAUGAAAGAACCAACUUUGAGUCUUGUUAUGUAAAGCAAGACAAACACGUGUUGUUGUUGUUGUGCUUAGGGCCAAGGUUUUUCAGUCUUUACAGACGCGAACGAGACAUGGCGCCGCUGUAGGACUUAACAAGUUUUAUGUUAAUUUCCGGGAGUGUAAUAAGUUUCCUAGAGAGAGCGUUUUAGAAUAAAAGUAGUCUACUGAACGAAGUUGUAUAAAUUUUUGAGUUUAUGUAGAUCUUCACCGUUUUCAUCACAGUGUAACCAGGAACAGAUUGAAGAUGAGGCAGAAGAAUUAAUAAGUUUAAAAUCGAGGAGUGCUGUACGUCAAGUGUGUGAUAAUGAAGCAGAAUCAUCAUUCAUCACAUCACCAACGAGAAGCUCGGUGUCUACAGUAGGAAGCAGCAGACAACGAAGGAGAGAAAUGACUGCCACAGAAUCUCCCUCAGUUGGGCAUUCUGCAAAAACAGAUACUGUUGAAGAUAUCUAUUCACUAAGAAGAGACAAGAGUUCAACACCGGUAUCAUAUCUUUCUCGGACAAAUAAGGGCACCCUGGAUCAUUUAAGUAAGGAUGAAAUGGAAUCUAAAGAUAUCAUGAGCACUGGCAGCAGACAUUCGCUUGGAGAAUCAUCUAUAGAGGGCAGUAGGAGUUUCACUCCGCAAUCAGAUAGCCGAUCAUAUCGAGAUAGACUGAGAGACCGAUUUCAAGCUGUGCGGGAACGUGCUGGAACUUCAGUGAUUGAGACGCAUACUCGCUCACGCUUGAGACGCAGACGUUUGAAUCAGCCCAGUGGUUCAUGUUUUGAUGAUCUCCUUCGGAAAGAAGAAGCUCAAGUCGGAGAUGCACUGGAGAGACAUGAAGAAGUGAAGGCAAGGUGGAAGGAAACAAUUGAAGCUGUGAAAGAGGGCGCAAGUAAUGAAGCUGCAUAUGAUUUCUUCACACAAAUGCAUGUGGAGGAUGACAGAGAAGGAGAAGAACAGACACACUCAGCACUAGCCAGCCCCAGUGGCCCUCAGGGUGAAAGUGAAGAACCUGAGGGUGGUGAAGAGCAAACAAAGUUGGUAACAGCUGACUAUUUGGGUCUACGUGAUGAGUGGGAACUUGUUCAGAUGGUGGCCCCUGUGUACGAGAGAGAAGAACAAGAGGCUCGUGAGCAAGAGCUUUACUUCCACCCCAGCACGACUCCAGUGCCACUAGAAGACAAGUUGAAGCCUGAUCUUGAGGUCCGUUACCCAGAAGAGGAGGGUCUGUAUGUGGGGAGCCGUCUCACUGUUACCAACCGAAACAGGAACAAAUUAGAGCGACGCCUGUUGGCUGGUGGGGAUAGGAAAUGGUUUGGUGGUGAUGGUGAAAUUAUAUCACAACGGGACCCCUGCAGGAAGAUUCCAUUUCGCCCUCCAGUGUUUGAGGAAAUAAAUCCCAUCCUAAGCACUGAAUAUAAACCGGCAGCAAUCAGCGAUUUUGAGAACAAGUACAUAGUUCAGCCUGGUGAAGUUGGUGUAGAGGAUCACUAUCUGCUGGAAUUGGACAUCUGCUCUGUGUCGUUCAGCCACCAUCCACUAUUCAGUAGAGAGCACGUUUUGGCACAGCGUGUCACUGAACUGUACCAGAAAUACAAUCAUUCUAUAGUGCUGGGACAACAGCAGAGGCUGGCAGGCAGACUGGAGGCUCUCCGCAGGGCUCGGGAUAGCUUGAAGAAGGCCCUUAGACAAAUGGCUGAUGCCAGCCCUCAGCAGUUGGAGAGAUUACAGAGGUAUGCUGCUGAGGUCCGUGAGGCACGCCAGUUGAGGCAGACAGAAGGCCACAACAACCGUCAGCUGCUGAGUAACCUACUGAUUACGUGGCGUGACCUCAAAAAGCUGAGGGAACUUCAGGGUUACACAUCGACACAACUUAAAUUACAGAUUCACAAGGAGUAUGCUGAGGAUCCAGCUGCGGAGAUCAAGGCAUGGGAUGAAGAGAUUCGCAAGGAAAUAGAUGAACUUGAGGAAGAGUAUCAGGAAGAAUACAACAAGCAGCUAGAUGAAUAUUCGGACAAGCUUAUUUUGUGGAAAAAGAGAAGAAAGGCGCUGCGUGAAGCAAAAAAGAAGUACCAGAAGGAAGCAGAACAGAGAAUUGAGAAAGAGUCUGGUGAUGAAGUGGAGCAGGAGAUGAUGGAACCCCUUGGGGAAGAACCCAAACCACCCGCUAAAGUGGACAUGAGCACAAUAAGGUCAGAGGUGACAGAACGGUUGUUCAAGUCCUUGCGUCCGCCAGGAGAACCCAAAGUUCACCUGCAGCUGACAACCACUGGACAUGUUGAUCAGAAUCCUGCCUGUCCCAAUGAACAGGAGAGGAGAGCAGCCGUCAAAAGGUGUGAACUUUAUGUGAAGAUCUUCUACAACCAGAAGGAAGUGUGCACUUCACGCCCUCAGCCUCUGGGUCCGAGAUUUAUUGUGUCAUUCGGCCAACUGUUCCCAAUCCGCAUCUUGCAGUGGCCUGAGAGCCUUAAGGUGGAGCUACAUGAAGAGGGGGGCACCCUUGCGCACCAUCUGGUUGCAGAGAUAUACAUUCCAUUUCCCAGCAGUGGCAUAACGCUACAGAACUGCUUGUUGGAGCGUCAUGAGUUCAGCAGUAACCAAGUGCUGACAUUCAGCCAUGCAGGUGUUGGCAGUGGAACGUACUUCUGUCCAUUCCCAGAGGGCAGUAACAAGGAAGUCACCUGUUUCUACACAUCAGGCGUGCUGGCAUGCAGGCUGGGAUGGGGAGUGGAGAGCGAGGAGCAUCAAGGAGGGGGUGGGAAGAUACUGGCACCUCCAGAGAAGUACUGGACCAAAGGACGGAGGGACAGUUGUACAGACCUGAUGGCAUUGCUUGGUGCAGAAGGUGCCCUGGACAUUGAGAAACUGCGGGAGUGGGCAGAGAAGUCACAGCUUGACCCAAAUGAUCCCAGCAAUGCUUCUUUCUUCUAUUUCAUCAAGAAUGCAGGUAUGGGGUUCAACACAGAACCAAACUACUUUCGUUUAGAUCCACUGCAGGUAGAGUUUGAUUUCUGCAAAAUGGAGGAUUUGGAUACAAAUUCACGCCUGCGAUUAUUAUGGCUGCGAGACCAGGGGGAGCCCGAGUUUCGUGGACUUCGCAUUGUUCCACUUCGAGAGAAAGAGAUACCAAAGGAUGUAUUUAAGGUGUAUGAGAAGCGCCUGAUGAGUACAGAUCCACAUGUGGAAACGCUGUCCUCCGAUCAACUGGAGUUUCAUCGGGACUGGGGCCAGCAGUUCCUACAGAAAGUGAGACAAAGGGUCCUGAAGCAGUGUCACCUCGCCCAGCAGCAUCGCCAACUGCAGGACAUCGUAAUUGAGGACCAAGUGCCAGACAUAGGGACUCUUGGACUAACUUUUAUGAAAUGGCUGCAACCUAAGAGGCCUCUGCGACCCACAAGGAGGGAAAGGAAGAAGGUCACAAUGCAGAAUCUGGCAGGUCAAGAGGUCAAGGUCAUUGUGAAUGUGAUUCAUGCAUUUGAAGUUCCUGUGAGAAAGGAUGUGGACACAGUGGGAGGAGGUCAGCAAGGCUUGCGAUUCUCAAUGGUUCCCGUACGUCCAUUUGUGGAGGUGUCAUUUCAGGGAGUCAGUAUGAGGACAACAACUGCAGAAGGUGCAAACCCCACCUGGAAUCAGAAUUUACAGUUGCCUUUGAAGCCACCAAAUGGUGAUUACUCUCCUGGCAAUCUCCAGUCAAUUCAGGACAGCUUGUACCUUCAUCUGUUUGAUGAGAUCGUAGUUGACUUGUUGGAAGAUGAUCGAAUGAGAGAGACCAACAUCCAUCAACGACUUGAACGAAACUGGCUGGGGAGUCUGCAGAUCCCAUUCUCCACCCUCUACUUUAAUUCAAGGAUUGAGGGAACAUUCAAGUUGUACUCUCCACCGAUCUUGUUGGGCUAUGAGAAGGAGUCACACCAUCGUCAGUUCAGUGUUCUCACCAUCCCAGGAGACAAUCAGCCAGGCUUACCCCAAAGAGAUGCAACUUUCCUCAGCCUGUUCAUCACAGUUCAACCUCCCCUGAACCCUCCAGAGCCCUUCAAGGAGAAGUUGGAGAGUAGUGAGUUGCCAUUCAUGGAGGAACACCUGGAAAAUUGGGAGCUGCAGGUGGCUAAACAGUUUCCCCACAGAAAAGUGAAGACAUUGGUCAUUGACAUCAGUGGGAAGUCUGUCUGCAUCACCAGGUUCUUCCGGCCCCUUGCCCCUCCAGUGCUGCUAGAAGGAGAGCCGAUAACAGAGGAAAUGGCUGCACGCUUUGUGUCAAUGAUACCUAUGAUAGCUGGCAGCACUCUCUUUCCAGGGCUGUUUGACAUCUGGCUUACGUGUGAUCAAGUCGUGCGUCUGUUAUCUGGCGACUCUGAGGACCAUGCAGUGUUACUCUGCUGUUUCCUUAUGCACCUUGGUAAGAAAGCCUGGUUGCUGCUUGGUGUGGGGAUACCACACGGGCCGACUGCAUAUGUACUUACAAGGGAGGAAGAGCAACACAAGUUCAGUUACUGGCUAUGGGAUCCUUCCUCUGGCCAGAAGUAUAGCAUUCAGGAUAGCUUCUGUCCUCUACAGAAAGUGUUCUGUCUCGUUAAUGAUGAAAAUAUUUGGGUUAAUGUACAGCAAGAGGAAUUGCCAUGGCGUACAAGAUUUGACAUAAGUCAUCGUUCUGACUGGCGACCUGCCUUUGGACGCAGCAUAGGGGCUCCUAUGGGGAGUGUUCAGCCUGCAUCGUUAGACUACACUGCCACUUCAGUCUCUGCCACACAGUUGCUGCAGGACCGAAUUGAGAAGCAGCUGAGGGACUCUCUCAUGAAGUGGAGAAAGACAGCAAGGACUCUGUGGAACCGUUACUGCAUCGCUAUCCUGCGCAAAUUGCUGCCAGCAUUAGAGCACGCCACAUGGAAGCAGCAGAACUUGUCCACCCCUGACCACAUUCAAGAGUUACAGCACAUUCUGGGUUCCCACAAGAUGUGUGGGUUUCCUAUCAACCUUCCCUACACCAAUAUGGAAGCAAUUACAGAGGCUAUGAAGGCUACAGGUGUCCAUUACAACGAGAGUCCGGAUGUAGAAUUUGCGCUGGCUGUCUAUGUCCACCCAUUUCCUAACAAUGUGCUGUCUGUGUGGGUUUAUGUUGCAUCCCUUGUCAAGCGGAGAUGACAUUCCAUCAUCAUCUUCUGCUUCAUUUCAGGCUGCAUGAAUGAUCAUGCUGAUUGGCUGAUACUUCUGCAGGAAGUCCAUGUCCUUCAACAAGACAUCCUAUAUUGGCUGAAGCCAUCUUAACUAUACAAGACACAAAGAAGUGAACUGAUGAGAUGUAUGAAACGGUGUUACCUCAGUAAACAUUAUUUUUUUUAAAUAAAAUAUAAAUUCGUCUUGUGUUGCAAGACACAUGACUUGGCUCAGGGUCAGGUACACAUUACAGAAAUGUUGCAACUUCUUGAUACCCCCUCCAGGCCUAAUGUUUCUAUGUAAAUGUUUGUUUCGAGCCCCAACAUUUCAAAGUAUUAACGUCUUAUCUCCCAGUGACAUCUGUUGUGAGGAAGUUGAUUUGUUACUUGCCUUAGCAGUUACCAGACCCCUGGGCCAGAACCUGAAGAAGUUUCAGGAUAGGGCAGAAGAGGAAGCUGACUAGUGGCCAUAUUGAGGACAGCACUUAACCUUUAGCAGUGGACAUGGAGGCUUCCAAUCUAAGGGGAGCUCAGAAGUUUUGUGUGAGAUUUGACAUCCUCAUAGAAGUGGUUAUGAAGACUUUUUAUCAUCUGGGAUGUAAUGUCAUGCAGUCUGGUAGAAGUUUACUGAAUUUUGAAUGAACAUAAUUCCUCCUCCUUCAGGAUCAAAGAGUAAGCCAAGCAGACACAUAAGCAUCAAUCAGGGUCUGCUUGCUGGUUGAACUUACUCUUUGACCCAGAAGCAGAGGCAAAAUGUUGUUAAAAUACUACUAGACUACAUAGCAUGACAUCUUGAAAGAUAACAGUCUUAAAAAAUUUUGUGCUUCAAGUUUUCAAUAAACUGUAUUUCUGGAAAGAAAAAGGGGUAUUGUUAGAUAGUCUGUGUGAAUUUAAAUUUUUGGUCAUGAGGGAUUUCUCAGUGAGAAGGUUAGGAUGUUGAAAGGUCAUGAAGGAGACCGUUUCUGUGCUGAGAACAUUUUUGAGACGGACUUCAGUACCUGCAGUCACAGGAUGACGAUGGCUGGCACAGGGGACAUACAGAUCAACACUGGUUUCAAACCACAGUGAAGACCAGGAAUUUCCCACACACAGAAAGUUUUAUUUUAUAGAGAGGUAAGGCAAGGGGAAAAGAUGCAUUGAUAAAUUUAUAGGGCACCUUGCAAUGUGAAGACUUUAUAGACUAGUAUGUUUCCAGAUCAGGAAAAUCAUAUUUUCAAACAAAUUUGUUAGUUUGGUAUACUGCUUGAGAACUUUGAAAACAAAAUAUUGAGUAUAUGAGUGCCCUGUUUAGUUAUCCAUAUUAAAAUAUGACGAAUUCAGAAGCCAUUGGUCCUAACAUCUGCGUCUGGUGAACCAUACAGCACCUGUACUGAGAAAUCUGCAGUGUUAAUUAGAAAUAUAAAAUUACAUACUCUUUCAAUCAUUAUUUAUUACAUCUUAAUUAUGAGGAUAUAACUUAUAAUUAUGCUGACAUUAAGAAUGAGGAAUUCCUUAUGUUGCUUUGGUAUUAAAUUCAGUUUUAUAAUUAAAAGCAUUGAAUAUCAACAUGAGAUACAUUUCUUGCAUACAUAUACUCUGUACCGUGCACAGUGAAUGUUAGGAGCAGAGUUCACAAUUUUGGUCAGCUGGGUUCCAAACCAGUGUAACCCACUACCAGGACAGACAGUCUGCAUAACUGCAUAAGCUUGCAGGUCCAGUGUGGUCCACAGAGCAAGUUUUUGGACAGUGAGAGGAAUUAUUUUACAGCAACACUGCACAGCACACAGCAUUGCGAAGCAACAGAUUUGAGACCAAGGUAACCCGUAUAGACUCAGACUUCUGGCAGUGUACCCUGUUUAAAAGAAUGAAGCUCUGAUGACCCAUAUCACAGAGGGAACAUUUACAUUGUUACUGGAGGAAAUGCCAGUACCUGACUGGCCAGGAAACCUUUCAUUUGUUGCCUUCAAUAUGUUACAUAAACAGACAUGGAGUCAUGUUACUGAUGCUGAUUUAGGCAAGGAUAUCAUCAAUAAGUCAUGAUCUUCUGAACAAGGUCCCAUAACAAAUUCUCCAUUUUUGUUUACGUUCCUCAAGUGCUUCUGCCAUGUGUGUCCACUCUCUUCUCACUGGCUUUUGUACAACUUCACUUCCUUCCCUGCUUUGCCUUUCCCUUAACCUCCACAGCAGUUGUUUAUUCAGCACCCCCAAUUUUGAAACUUUCAUAAGAAUUUUAUAGUCAGCCAUAUGCAACCUAUGUCCACACCAGUGUUUCUGCUUAUCUGUUCUUUCUUUCAGACUGCAUUGCUUUUUUGUAGUUCAUUUAAUGACACUGUCAGUAACUCAGUAGUGUAGAAUGAUAGGAUGAGAGUGAAAUGGAAAGAUGUGAAAGGAAGUGGUUAUAGCUUAAUUUAUGAUACUAUGCCACCAUUCUCCGUGAGAGCUGAUGAAAAACACAGAAACUCUGAGCCAGGAUAGUUGAUGUCCCAGCCAAGAUCUGAAAUGGGCAUCUUAUGAAUGUAGGCCAAAAGCUCUUCUACUUGAACCGACUUUGUCAGUGCACUGCUUGUGGUCUGCUGAUAUUUCAAUUGGGCCAGUUCCAAGUUUCUACUCCUUAUGUCCGAGUCACAUUGCGACUGACAGUUGGUCAGUCAGUAAGUCUUGGUGUCAAGCGCCAUCUGGGGCUCAUGACCAGA